AUGCGGCCCUUCCUCACCACCCUCGCGGUCCUCGCCGCCGCCACCUCCAUCCACGCCCUCGCCAGGGAAGACUACCUCAGCGCUACCGAGAACUUCAUCCAGCAGUAUCUCUCACCCAACAACGAAAAGGUCGCGCACAGUAUCAACAGUACACUGUUUGCUGAGAAUGUUACUGGCACCGUGGAUAUACUGCGCACCUCAUCUUCCCUCGAGCUGACCACCUCGCCUCCUGCUUUCAGCUUUGACGGGCGUGAACUGGCAACGGAAUACCUUUUCGGCUUCUUUGUCGGCCAAGCGAAAGAUGCCACUGACCCGUCUCCGUACGGUAUCCCCGUCUCUUACAAGUACUCGGCAUUGAUGAUCCAAGAACCCUACGUCCAAGCUUCCGUCAAGUUCGGCUUCUACUACCCGGUACUCAACACUACCGUGCCAGUGCAGAUCGACAUCUGGUUCUUGUUCAACGACAACUUGGAAGUGCAGCAGUACGAUCUCGUUCUCCGCCGAGCCGCUUGGGCAUUCGAAGACCUCGCACCCUACCUAACCCCCUUCAUGGCCGCCCGCCUCUCCCUCCCCCAAAACACCUCCCAGCCCACCAUCCUCCGCUCCUACUUUACCCAAAAAAUCUGUUCCACCGCCCUCUCCUACUGCAACGGCACCAACCAGCAAUACUCCUCUUUUGAAGACUGCGAAGAACAGCUGGGAGGGAAGGAUCUGGGCGAGUGGUUUAGGGCGGGGGAUGAUAAUUUGGUGUGUAGGAAUUUGCAUGUGCCGAUGGUGCCGUUGAGACCCCAGGUGCAUUGUGAGCAUGUGGGGCCUAGUGGGGGGGAUAUGUGUAUUCCUAGGAACUAUUCGCAAGUGGUACUCGACGAACACUUCCCAGCUGGCUUUUUGGCUCAACAGCCGCAUCAAGUAUCUGGCGACGCUUCCUCCUCUCCUUCUUCUCCUUCUCCACCCACAGACGACGAUGAGGAGGAUGGGGACGAUGACGAAGAGUGGAAGAGGCAGGAGGAAGAGUAG